GAACUCUCAGGCACAGAACUGCACAGCACAGACAGGCACUCUUUCAGUGGUGGAUCUCCCCGGAGACCUUGAUGCACAAUGCACGGACCCUUGCCGAGACGGCAGCCCCCGGAGAUCCGUCCGGGGGAUUAGCCAAUCACAAGAGCCGGAGAUGGUCGUCGCAAGUCAGCCAGGGCAAUUCAACCGUGUCGACCCAGGCUCGGCAACAGCAACGCAACACCAUCGUGGCCCAAUCUUACUACACUACGUACUCUACUCAGGACGACCGACGCCUUUUCUCGGUCGGCCUCAUCCAGCCAUAAUCAGCAAUUGAAACUGAAAGGUCCAGAACACUCUUUGGACCCGGAACCCUGGCCCCUGGGACAGGCAUCCUGAAACCCCUGUGGCCAACAUCGUACCCCUGGAUUGUCUCUGUGGUUGCCCCGGCUCCGCGUCUCCUCCGUCGUCGUCGUCAUCCCGUCUUCCCCAUCACAGAAGCGGAAAGGUGAUCAGUUACCGUUGUAUAGAAAGGGAAGCAUGGCUGCCAGAAUACGGUACAACCCUCAACAGCAGCGCCGGGUUUUGGCCGUGGCACUAGCGCAACCCUCAACAGCCACUCCACGCGCUUCUGUGAUCGGUUUCAGGGGAUCGUGCAAGACUCUUCCAACAACUUACUCACCAGUAACACAUCAACUCCGGCUCCUUUCGACUUCGAAGUCAUGGCGCCAAACUGAGCCGCCUCAGCCACAACCCAUUCAUCCACAGCCUGAGCUCGCCCCUCAACCCAAGAAGCGCAGUCGUGUAUGGAAGAUCAUCGGCUAUGGGUCUCUCCUCCUCUUCGGCGUCAGCUUCGGCCUCGGCUUCAGAGCGAUCGUUUCUCCCCCGCCCCCUCUGGUUCCGGGCUCCAAGCUUGACCUCAUGGAGACCAAGAUCAUCCACCGGCAAGCGGAAAACCUAAAGAUUGUCCAGGAACUCCAAGCCGACCCAGCUUGGGAGUCAUGGGACGCAUACGAGACGCUUAGCCCGGAGCACCGGGCACAGCACAUCUCGGCCGGCGCAAUGGCCGGCUCAAAGGGCAUUGGCGGCUACCACCGCGUCUUCUACAACAAGGACACGGGUGAGUGCGUCAGCGUCAUCUUCUUCGGCCCCGCCACCACAGGCUGGCCCGGCGUCGUGCACGGCGGCUGUCUGGCGACUCUCCUCGACGAGAGCUGCGGCCGCGCGGCGUUCAAGAAGUGGGGUGGCCGGUCUGGACUGACGGCGAACUUGAAGCUGAACUACGUGUCGACUACGAACGCUACCAAGUUCUACGUCAUUCGUGUCAAACCAAGGAGCGAUGACGAGCUGCCGGAGAAGGAGCGCGGCAAAAGCCACUACAAGAUCUUCCUGGAUGCGUCGAUACAUGAUGCGAAGACGGGUAAGGCAACCGUUGUUGCGGAGGCUUUGUUUGUGGGUGGAAAGGGGAAGAGCGGGAAGGGAGGAUUGACGGUUAGCGGACUGGCUGAUCAGGGUGAGAAUGCUCGUUUCUAAGUGGGAGCUAUAGGUGUCUGUCUAUAUUUAUUUGUCUUGCCCGGUUGCACUGCUUCUCCGGUUUCUCCAGAAGCGUGCUCUUGCCUCGGUUUCGUUUGUACUUCAUCAGACAUAUUUGGAGCGAGCACAUAGACCGCUAGACUUCAUAGAGAGGUAUUGUAAUCGAAUCCCUGAUAACACGAGUAUAUCUAUCCAAAGAAUAGAUAGGGUAAUUAUCAUCAGCCUCGGCUUCAAUCUUAUCUCUCUC